AUGGAGGAAAGCAAGAAUGAGAAGGUGAACCAGGCUCAUGUUCUCUUCGACAGAUUUGUCCAGGCUUCAACCUGCAAGGGGACUCUCAAGGCUUUCCAAGAGCUCUGUGACUAUCUAGAACUAAAGCCUAAGGACUAUCGUUCGUUCUAUCACAAACUCAAGUCUAAGCUCAAUUACUGGAAAGCCAAAGCCUUGUGGGCCAAAUUGGAUAAAAGAGGCAGCCAUAAGGACUACAAAAAGGGGAAAGCGUGCGCCAACACGAAGUGUCUGAUAAUUGGGGCUGGACCCUGUGGCCUUCGUACAGCCAUUGACCUGUCGUUCCUGGGAGCCAAGGUGGUGGUGAUAGAGAAGAGGGAUGCCUUCUCCCGCAAUAACGUCCUGCACCUCUGGCCAUUCACCAUACACGACCUGAGGGGGCUCGGCGCCAAGAAGUUCUACGGCAAGUUCUGUGCAGGAUCCAUAGACCAUAUCAGUAUCCGUCAGCUCCAACUUAUCCUUUUAAAGGUGGCCUUGAUCUUGGGAAUAGAGAUCCAUGUCAAUGUGGAAUUUCAGGGGCUUGUUUACCCUCCAGAGGAUCAGGAGAAUGAAAGAAUAGGUUGGCGUGCAUUGGUCCACCCAAAAACCCAUCCAGUAUCUGAAUAUGAGUUUGAAGUAAUCAUUGGAGGGGAUGGCAGGAGGAACACCUUAGAAGGGUUUCGUCGGAAGGAGUUCCGCGGAAAGCUGGCAAUUGCUAUCACAGCAAACUUCAUCAAUCGCAACACCACAGCUGAAGCCAAAGUAGAAGAGAUCAGCGGGGUGGCCUUCAUAUUCAACCAGAAGUUCUUCCAGGAUCUACGAGAAGCCACAGGUAUUGACUUGGAGAACAUUGUCUACUACAAAGAUGAUACGCACUACUUCGUCAUGACUGCCAAAAAACAGAGCUUGCUGGAGAAAGGAGUGAUACGGCAUGAUUAUGCUGACACGGAGUUGUUACUGUCACGGGAGAACGUGGACCAGGAGGCUCUGCUCAACUAUGCCAGAGAAGCAGCUGACUUUUCCACUAAUCAGCAACUGCCAUCACUGGACUUUGCCAUCAAUCACUAUGGCCAGCCUGACGUGGCCAUGUUUGACUUCACCUGCAUGUACGCAUCGGAAAACGCAGCCCUAGUGCGAGAGCAGAACGGCCACCAGUUACUCGUGGCACUGGUUGGGGACAGUCUUCUAGAGCCAUUUUGGCCAAUGGGAACUGGAAUAGCCAGAGGAUUUUUGGCUGCAAUGGACUCUGCUUGGAUGGUACGCAGUUGGUCACUUGGAGCUAGUCCUCUGGAAGUUCUUGCAGAGAGGGAAAGCAUUUACAGGCUGCUGCCUCAGACCACCCCUGAGAAUGUGAGUAAAAACUUCAGCCAUUACAGCAUUGAUCCUGCCACCCGGUACCCCAACAUCAACGUCAACUUCUUGAGGCCACAGCAGGUACGCCACUUGUAUAACACAGGAGACUUGAAAGAUAUUCACCUGGAAAUAGAGAACUUUGUGAACUCCAGGACACCAAAGCUGACUCGAAAUGAGUCUGUGGCUCGCUCUAGUAAAUUGCUCAGCUGGUGCCAGAGGCAGACGGAUGGAUAUGCUGGUGUUAAUGUGACAGAUCUCACCAUGUCAUGGAAAAGUGGCCUAGCUUUGUGUGCCAUUAUCCACAGAUACCGUCCAGACCUAAUAGACUUUGAUUCUUUAGAUGAGCAUAAUGUGGAGAAGAAUAACCAGCUAGCCUUUGACAUUGCUGAAAAAGAGUUUGGAAUAUCUCCCAUUAUGACUGGAAAGGAAAUGGCAUCUGUUGGAGAGCCAGAUAAACUGUCGAUGGUGAUGUACCUCACACAGUUCUAUGAGAUGUUCAAAGACACCAUCCCCUCUAGUGAUAGUCUGGACCUGAAUGCAGAGGAAAAAUCUGCCCUAAUUGCCAGCACCAAAUCACCUAUCUCCUUCCUCAGUAAACUGGGACAGAGCAUCUCUCGGAAGCGCACUCCAAAGGACAAAAAAGAAAAGGAACUGGAUGGUGCAGGCAAGAGGAGAAAAACCAGCCAGUCUGAGGAUGAGGACAUCCCCCGAAGCUACAGAGAAGAGAGGCCCACACUGGUGAGUGCUCUGACAGAAAGGAGAAUUGAUGCUGCCAUUGGGAAUCAGAACAAAGUCAAGUCUAUGGCAACCCAGCUCCUGGCCAAGUUUGAGGAGAAUGCACCAGUGCAGUCCUCCAGCUUGCGAAGACAGCAACCUGUCCUGCCUUAUCAAGAACGUGUUCACAACCAACCCUCCAGCAGACGAGAGCAGGGCCGUCUUGCUCCCAUACCCCAGUGGAAACAGAUGAGGACUAAGGGACGUUCUCGGACCUGCCCCAAAAAAGUGAUCAUGCUCUCUUCUUCCACUCCACCUUCCUCUCCACCGUAUCCCAGGCAGCAGAGAAACAGGGAACCUGGUGGUGACUAUCAUGGGGAGCAGAGUCCCAGGCAGGAAAGGAGAUCUCCUCGUUUAUUUUCUGAUGACCAAGUGCCUGAUAAUGUUGAGCAAAGGGCAUGUCAGCUGGGUGCCCUCCCGGAGUCCAGACCCGCAGUGAGGCAUCAGCCUGAGACUGAACCGUCUCGCCGAUUCUUUGUUGACCAGUGGGAGCUCUCUCUUAGCCUCCGUUCUUCUAAUCGCCCUUCUUCACCUUCAGCUGACUCUCUCCGACAGAAGUAUAUAAAGAUGUACACAGGCGGAGUGAGCUCAUUGGCUGAGCAGAUAGCCAAUCAGCUUCAAAGGAAAGAGCAGCCCAAAACCCUUCUAGACAAGAAGGAACUGGGCUCACUCAAGAAGGAGUUCCCCCAAAACCUGGGGGGCAGUGAUGUCUGCUACUUCUGCCGCAAGCGAGUCUACGUGAUGGAAAGGCUGAGUGCUGAGGGGAAGUUCUUCCACCGCAGCUGCUUCAAGUGCGAAUAUUGUGCGACAACUCUGCGCCUGUCGUCUUACGCCUAUGACAUUGAAGAUGGCAAAUUCUACUGUAAGCCUCACUACUGUUACCGACUCUCUGGUUGUGCUCAAAGGAAGAGGCCAGCAGUGGGUCCUCUGUCAGGAAAGGACAGCAAAGGAGCUGUGCAGGACGCCAUGGCAAGUGAUGGAAGUGGACGGGCAAAUACCAUCCCCACCUCAGCAGAGAGGGCUGCAGGUUCUAAUGCGAAUGGACUGGAGGAGCCCAGCCUCGCCAAGCGGCUGCGUGGCACGCCAGAGCGAAUUGAGCUGGAGAACUACCGACUGUCGCUGCAGCGGGAGGAGGAACUGGAGGAGGUUCCUGAGGAGACACUUGCAGAGCAUAAUCUGAGCAGUGUGUUAGACAAAGGAACAGAAGAGGAUGUGCCCAGCAGUAGUUCAGAGUCUGAGAUGGAGGAGGAAGAUGAGGAGGAAGAAGAUGAACUACUGCUGCCUCAGCAACCCCCUUCAGACUUGGGCGGUGUGCCGUGGAAAGAGGCUGUGCGUAUCCAUGCCCUCCUGAAGGGAAAGAGUGAAGAAGAGAUUGAGGCUGAGGAAAAUCAUGAGAUUGAGGAUGAUGAUGAGGAAUAUGAAGAGGAGGAAGACGAGGAGUCAAGUGAAGAGGGGGAGUAUUGCCCUUGGGAGAAAGAGCUGCAGCAAGGCCUCUGGCUUCAACAUCUCUCAAAUGAAGAGGACACGGGUACAUUUAAAGCUGGAAACCUUAGGCUGCAGCAGAUUGUAAAUCCGGUUGAUCCUCUGGAGAUCCUGGCAGAUGUGCACUGGACACACAUCCGUGAAAAAGAGGAGGAGGAAAAAAUGGUUCCAACCUCAAAGUCCUCCACCUCUAGAGCGUCCGACCUUCCCUCCAUACGCCAUGAGGCGGUACAGGCGUGGCUGGAGACGGUCCCUGGAGCUCCAUGUGAGGAUAAUGAUGUGGAGGAUGAGCUGCACACCGAGCCUGCAGACACAGAAGGGCAGGCAGGUGAAGAGGGAGACACGGGUGCAGAGCUGGAUGAUGAUGACAUCCCAUCUGAUGCAGAAGCAGAGUUUCGCUUACAUCAGGGUGGCGCAGAAGAACCAGAAUUAAAAGUCUCUGAAGAUGAAGAUCAUGAAGAAGGAGCAGAACAUUCUUCUUGCAGUGUGGCAGAAGAUCUGUGCAAGCCAUCCAUCCCUGACCAGUCAUCCAGUGUCCUUCCUCUGUCUCCAGUCGAUAGUCCCAAAGCAAAACAAGCAGAGGAUGUAAAAGAUCCCCUGGCAGAAGUUUCCCAUGCAAUAAAGUCUCCUGAGGCACGCUUUUUUCCUGAGCCUUUCAUUCCUGAAGAGGGACCAAAGGAUGAAAUCCCGAAAGACAGGAAAGUUAAGAGCCCUUUGGUGCCACCAUCUCCAGUGUUAUCCCAGCCAGUUGCAUCACCAGAAGCCAUUGCACCUACAUCACUGGCAGAGUCUCAGCCCAGGGCACCAUCAUUGGCUUCAUCCCCAACAUCUACUCAAAUGCCUAUCUGUUCCCAGCCUUUGCCUUCUGCUGAAACCUCUAUUCCAUCCCCAGUGGAGCCUCCAGUAUGUUUCCAACCUGUCCCAGCCUUAACAUCAACUCCUUUAGCCAAGCUGGUCCUUAGGGGCCAAGAUAGUGAGGUGGAAAAACUGGGGAGCCCUACUACUGCAGAGGAAGCCCUGAAACGGAGUAACCUCGUGGAAGAGUUCUGGAUGAAGAGCGCUGAAAUCCGCAGGAGCUUAGGGCUCACCCCAGUGGACAGAAACAAACGCCCAGAGACGAACUUCACUGUAUCUGCCCUUGAGACAACUCCUCUGAAGGCUUUUAACAGUGAGAACGUUGCAGGGGAUGAAAGGAUCCAUCUUGUGAAACCCCAGCCCGCCCCAAGGAGACAGGCACUGUCCAGGUUAGAAAACGAGCAGAUCUCUCUGCUCACUCCAAAAUCUCCAUCAGAAAAAGAGCUAAAGAUUUCCACUGACGUAAGGAGAGAUGUCUCCAGCAGUUCUGGACUAGGCCUUCAGGAGAGCUCAUCUAACAUGAGAACUAUGGCUAGCCAGAGCUUCAACACUUCUGAUUCUACCAUGCUUACUCCUCCAUCAAGCCCACCCCCACCACCUCCUCAGGGUGAAGAACCAGCCACUUUGCGUAGAAAGAGGUAUCAGGCACUCUGGCACAAUGAGGUUGAAGCCAGGUCACCUCCAACCCCAGCAUCAACACCUCCUGUUCUCCCACGCCAUGAACCAAUAUCCGCUGACAAAGAGGCAGCCCAGGCCAAAAAAGACGAUGUCCGGAAGUCUUUUGCGGAGAGUGUGGAUGAGAUUCCGUUUGCUGAUGAUGUAGAAGACACAUAUGACGACAGGACAGAGGACUCAAGCCUUCAUGAGAAGUUCUUUACACCUCCUACAAGCAGGCCAAGGCCAGAGAAAGCCCUUCUUUUGCCAUUGGUCAAAGAAAACGGUGGCCCACCCUUGAUGGAAGGAGGGGUUAACCAAAAGAAGAGGGCAUUGCCUGAAAUUUCUGCAGAGGCCAAGGAGCUUGCUGAAGAGAGAAUGAGAGCCAGAGAGAAGUCUGUCAAGAGCCAAGCACUGCGUGAUGCCAUGGCUAAACAGUUGUGCAAGAUGAGAGAUAUGGAGAUGGCUGCAGCUGCUGCUGCUGGGACCACAAGGGCAAGAAAGGCAUCUUCUAUGCCCUUGAAGACCAAAGAGUUGUUUUAUGACUCUCCAAAGCAUCUGGCCUUGAAAUUAGCAGAGGGAUCCACACGAAAGCAUGAUGCUGCUAGCGAGAAAUUCUCCACUCCUCCUGCUGAGGUGGCUGGACCUGAAGGGUCUGUCACCUCUUCAGAAGGCUCCAGUGGGAAGAGUAAGAAAAGAACUUCUCUUUUCUCUCCUCGUAAGAACAAAAAGGAUAAGAAAUCAAAAAAUGACAGCAGGCUUUCUGACAAAUCUAGUGGUGGAACAGAGGAAUCAACAAAGCCUAGGUCACUAUGGAAAUCUGUUUUCUCUGGGUAUAAGAAAGACAAGAAGAAAAAGACCGAUGAGAAAUCCUGCCCAAGUACUCCAUCCAGUAGUGCCACUGUGGAUUCUGGCAAGCACAAAGCUUCUCCAUUGAUUACUGCUGCAGAUUUGCAGCUCCGUCAACACCUGAGUUUCUCGGAGGACUCUGACCUCUCCAGUGAUGAUAUUCUGGAACGCUCCUCCCAGAAAUCCAAGCGAGAGGCAUUUCAUGAGAAAUUCUGCAUUUUCCAAGAGAUGCAGAAGAAUGAGUCGAUUUAUGUACCACACGCCUUGGCAUUCAAGAGAUCAUAUUCGUCAAAGAGGGCCUACACAGAAGAGGAGCUGAAUGCCAAGCUGACCCGGCGAGUGCAGAAAGCUGCCCGCAGACAAGCCAAGCAAGAGGAGCUAAAGAGGUUACACAGAGCUCAGAUCAUCCAGCGGCAGCUUGAGCAAGUGGAAGAGAAGCAGAGGCAACUUGAGGAGAGAGGAGUUGCUGUGGAGAAGGCCCUUCGGGGAGAAGCAGACUAUUGGGGAGAGUCUUAUUACAGUGACCUCAUCGACUUGCAUCUGGGUGUUGAGCCCAAUGCCGGGACACCACGUCGUAGACCUCUCUCCUUCUGCCCUUGCUGUGCCCAUGAAGGCAUGGGUAAGAAAGAUGAUCCCAAGCUGAUGCAGGAGUGGUUCAAACUGGUGCAGGAGAAGAACGCCUUGGUUCGCUACGAGUCCGAACUGAUGAUAUUUGCUCGGGAGCUGGAACUGGAAGACAGACAGAGUCGAUUACAGCAGGAGCUCCGAGAAAGGAUGGCAGUAGAAGAUCACCUGAAGACAGAGGAGGAGCUCUCAGAGGAGAAGAGGAUCCUGAAUGAAAUGCUAGAAGUAGUGGAGCAGAGAGAUUCUCUUGUGGCUCUCCUUGAGGAGCAGCGACUUCGAGAAAAAGAAGAAGACAAGGACCUGGAGGCAGUGAUGCUUUCCAAAGGUUUUAGUUUGAACUGGUCUUGAGCAUAACAUGUUUACC